CUGAAAUAUGCAGAGAUGGAGAUGAAGAACCGCCAGGUUAAUCACGCCCGCAACAUCUGGGACAGAGCCAUUACCACCCUCCCCAGGGUGAACCAGUUCUGGUAUAAGUACACUUACAUGGAAGAGAUGUUGGGGAACAUUGCUGGAUCACGGCAGGUGUUUGAACGUUGGAUGGAGUGGCAACCAGAGGAGCAAGCCUGGCAUUCCUACAUUAACUUUGAGCUGAGAUACAAGGAGGUGGACAGGGCACGGACCAUUUAUGAGAGAUUUGUUAUUGUUCAUCCUGAUGUGAAGAACUGGAUCAAGUAUGCCCGCUUUGAGGAGAAGCACAGCUAUUUUGCUCAUGCCAGGAAAGUGUAUGAGAGGGCAGUGGAGUUCUUUGGAGAAGAGCACAUGGAUGAGCAUUUGUAUGUGGCUUUUGCGAAGUUUGAGGAGAACCAGAAAGAAUUUGAAAGAGUAAGGGUCAUCUACAAGUACGCCUUGGAUAGAAUUCCCAAACAGGAUGCUCAAAAUCUCUUCAAGAACUACACCAUCUUUGAGAAGAAGUUCGGAGACAGAAGGGGAAUUGAAGACAUCAUUGUCAGCAAGAGGAGAUUCCAGUAUGAAGAGGAAGUGAAGGCAAAUCCCCAUAACUAUGAUGCCUGGUUUGACUACCUGAGGUUAGUUGAAAGCGAUGCAGAUGCCGAGACUGUCCGAGAAGUGUAUGAAAGAGCCAUUGCCAACGUGCCCCCAAUUCAGGAGAAGAGGCACUGGAAGAGAUACAUCUACCUUUGGAUUAACUAUGCAUUGUAUGAAGAGCUGGAGGCAAAGGAUCCAGAGCGAACCAGACAGGUGUAUCAGGCAUGUGUGGAGCUCAUUCCCCACAAGAAGUUUACCUUUGCCAAGAUAUGGCUGCUGUAUGCCCAGUUUGAAAUACGCCAGAAAAAUCUCCCACUUGCCAGGAGAGCUUUGGGGACAUCCAUAGGUAAAUGCCCAAAAAACAAACUGUUCAAAGGUUACAUUGAACUGGAGCUGCAACUGCGAGAGUUUGAUCGCUGCCGAAAGCUGUAUGAAAAAUUCCUGGAGUUUGCUCCGGAAAACUGCACAUCCUGGAUUAAAUUUGCUGAGCUGGAGACCAUCCUUGGUGACAUCGACAGAGCCCGUGCAAUAUACGAGCUGGCCAUUGGCCAGCCCCGGCUAGACAUGCCAGAGGUUCUUUGGAAGUCCUACAUUGACUUUGAAAUUGAGCAAGAGGAGUACGAGAAAACAAGAAAUCUGUACCGCAGAUUGCUGCAGAGGACACAGCACGUCAAGGUAUGGAUCAGCUUUGCACAGUUUGAGCUGUCUGCAGGAAGGGAGGAGAGUUUGUCAAGGUGCCGGCAGAUUUACGAAGAGGCCAACAAGGCAAUGCGAAACUGUGAGGAGAAAGAGGAGAGGGUGAUGCUUCUGGAAUCCUGGAGAAGCUUUGAAGAGGAGUUUGGAACUGAGACCACUAAAGAGAGAAUAGAUAAACUUAUGCCUGAAAAGAUAAAGAAGAGGAGGAAACUGCAGGCUGAAGAUGGGUCUGAUGCUGGCUGGGAGGAAUACUAUGAUUAUAUUUUCCCAGAAGACACUGCCAAUCAGCCUAACCUCAAACUGCUGGCCAUGGCUAAACUCUGGAAGAAACAGCAGCAGGAGAGCGAAGCUGCUGAGGUGGACCCAGACAAAGACAUUGAUGAAAGCCAGUCUUAA